AUAGUUAGAGGACUAACUGUUCUCUAACAGAAUAGAAAGUUUUCCGUUAUCUUUGACCAAGUAGACGAAAUUGAAAUGAAUCUGAAAGUUAAUAGACCACUUAAAAAUAAAACAUAGUUUCUAGACUAAAAUGAAAUCAAGUGAGCUUCUGUCAACAAUGAUUAUUAAAAGAAAUAACAAAUGAAUGUAAAAUGAGUAUAGUGGUGCCUUGGUGAUUUAGAACCAUUUGAAAAGCAAGAAGAUGGUGGAUUCCUUCAUGGAAAUGGGAACUGGAAAUCAAACUUGGACUCGAGUAGUUUCCACAUCAUCAAGACUUGCCUUGAUGAGAGUGCCUAUUGAUGCCUUGAAUGUGCAUUAGUAAAAGGCCCAACCAUAUCUAAUGUUACAAUACAUGCUGCACCGCUAAACAUACACAAGGAAGUCUCAUUCCUUUAUUGUUUUCUUGCUUAUUAAAUUUCAUCAUUUUCA